ACCCAAAAGAUCUGUAUCCUUCUUUUCUGAUUUCUGAACUUCUUCCAAUUCCCCCAAAAAAAUCUAACCCCUAACCCAGCCGCCGCCUCACAUCUAUCGUACGGCCAGAGGUCCGGCGACACCCCCCGAAACCGAACAUGGAAGCCGCCGGCGGGAAUCUCGAUCUCAACGACACCGCCAAUUCCGCUCUCGUCGAUUCCUUCUACGAGAUCACCUCCUCCAUCAGGCAGGAAGCCGCUUUCUUCCUCGAGAGCCACCAAUGGGAUCUCGACGCCGCCGUUUCCACCUUCCUCGACAACGAUAACGCCGCUGUCGCUGUUGCCCCUUCUUCUGCUGUACCUGCUGCUCCUCCGACUGGCGGUGGUGGCGGGGGCACUCCUUCUCCGACUGAUUCGCCGGACGAAUCGAUGUCUCCUAACUAUUCCCCCUCUCAGUCUCCUGCUAGGUCUAGGUCACGAUCCCGCUCCCUGUCCCCUGCUCCCGCCACUAUGUCUAGGUUGCCUUACCAGCUGAGGCAGAGAGGGGAGAAGAAGAAUAAGAAGACUGGUACGGCCGGUGCUAGUGGGAGUGGGAAUCGUGGUGGAAUAAGGACUUUGGCUGAUCUCAAUCGGAUCCCUGGCGGUUCUGAUAGCGAUGACGACGACGACGAGCCGCAGGAGUAUUACACCGGCGGCGAGAAGAGUUCUUUUCUUUUACAUUUAGAAAAAAACUUAUCCGAUGAAGAGGUCGAGAGUCUUUCCAAAAAGAAAUGGAAGUACAGAUGGGAAGUGCCUUCUCUUGACUUGUCAAAUUGCAAGUGGGUGGGGACAGGAGAUUGUUGCCUAAAGACACAGGAUAUGCUGGACAGUUCUACUAGGGAUGUCAAACAAAGUUUGUAUAAGCAUUGGUUGGAAGUGUGCAAGCUGUAUGGAGGCAGAGAUUUUCCAGUGUCUAAGCAUGGUUCUUUCUUCAACAUCUUCAAUAGCUACAGGGAUGUGUUGCAUUGUAACAAGAAACCUUUCUAUCUCAAAGGUCACGGAGAAGAUUCUAACAUUAUGGACGCGUACCUCAUGCAUUCUUUGAAUCACAUUUUCAGAAGUAUAGAUCUUGUGAAAAAGAAUGAUACGAAAGUUGCCAAGCUUCAAGAAACUGCUGAAAGUGAGUUGCUUAUUGAUGAUGUUGUUCGUGAUCGUGGAUUCACUCGGCCAAAGGUUUUGAUCUUGUUGCCAAUUAGACACAUUGCACUUCGUGUUGUGAAGAGGCUGAUUCAAUUGACUCCUCAAGCUUCAAAGGUAAAUGUGGAGUUCAUGGAUCGAUUCCUUGAAGAGUUUGGAUAUCAAGAAGAUGAAGCCGAUCUGGACAAUGAAGAAUUGAAACUCAAAAUUGGAAAUUCAAAAUCUCAGAAGAUUUCUAAGCCAUCUGACUAUGAAGCACUUUUUGGUGGAAAUUCUGACGAUGAUUUUAUGAUUGGAAUUAAGUUUACUAGGAAAAGCAUAAGGUUAUAUAGUGACUUUUAUUCAUCGGACAUGAUUGUUGCUUCUCCACUUGCGUUGCGGGAGAAAAUUGACAAAGUUUGGGCCAAAAAGGAAGAGGAUUUUGAUUAUCUUUCUUCUAUUGAGGUCACCAUAGUUGAUCAUGCUGAUGUAAUAGCAAUGCAAAACUGGGAGCAUCUUGCUGUAGUUCUUGAACAAUCCAACCGCAUGCCCUCCAAGCAACACGGGACUGACAUCAUGCGCAUUAGAAAAUGGCACCUGGAUGGGCAUGCCAGAUUUUACCGUCAAACAAUUGUAUUAGGUCAUUAUGUAAACCCAGAUAUCAAUUCUUCAUUCAAUAAUUGGUGUGUUAACUACCAAGGAAAGAUCAAGUCGGUAUGUGAGACUCAUAAAGGUGUUCUUCGUAAAGUCCCACCAGACCUAAGACAGAUCUACGAGCGAUUUGACGUGGGCUCAAUUGCAGAUAUCGAUGAUAUACGCCUUGCUCAUUUCAUUAAUAAGGUUAGCUCUGAAAAGGUUUUCCCGAAGAUCAAAGAUUCUGAAGAGGGAGGAAUCAUGAUAUUUAUCAGUUCUUAUUUCGAGUUUGUUAGAGUUCGUAACUUCCUGAAGUCUCAAAACGCAUCAUUUUGCCUGCUUGGAGACAACACUAAACCUAAAGAUGUGUCACGUGCGCGGAAUUGGUUCAUCCAGGGGAAGCAUAAAAUCAUGCUCUACACUGAAAGGCUUCUUUUCUUCCGCAGAUACAAGAUUCGUGGUGUGCGAGACUUGAUCAUCUAUUCACUUCCCGAAAGGAAAGAGUUAUAUCCUGAGGUUGUUAACAUGCUUGAAGGGGCCAACAACAGCAACAUGUCAUGCACUGCACUCUUUUCCAAGUUGGAUUGGUUGCGGCUGGAGAGAAUCGUAGGGACUGCUUCUGCAAAAAGGAUGGUAACGUCAGACAAGCCGGUGUUCGUGUUAUGUUGAGAUGAGAGUAGAGUGCAUUUAGUGGGUAAGUUUAUGGAGCAAAAAACUUCAUUAUCAGGAAUCAGGCGAGUCCACUAGAUGCAGAUAGAGAGCCAUGGAAUCUGCUUGGAUGGUCAAGGUUCCUUAUUUUGCUUCAAUUGAGCAACCAAAAUUUUGAUUCGAUUCGAUUUCGUAUAAAUUAUUGGCCGGUGGUUUGUUUUUGUGGUUGCAUUUGCAUGGUGCUAAUAGUUAAGAAUCUCUCUCUUACUCGGUGUAGUAUAUUGUCGUGGUUGGCUAUGUUUGUCUGACGGCUAAAUUGGGUUACUAGAAUUACUAAAACAAUUUACUGUUUUUCACUAAAAUUGGGUUAAUAAUAUUUUGUGUAUCCUUCUACUAUUGUAUAUUUACAACCGUACCUCUCUACAAAAUUUGUG